GUCAAUAAUUAUUAUUAUCAUUAUUAUAAUUAUUUGUAAAAACAUAUGAACAUUUACCUGCGAGAAAUUAAAUUUAAUUGUAUUAAAAGCUAACGAAAUGCCACGUUAUUAGCUAAACAAUCGGAAAUGUUUACAUUGUUAUGUAAAACGAAAUCGAUCAUCGGUAUAAAAUAACCAAUAUUUCCCGGAUUUCUUCUGUAUCACCACACACCUAUCAAUAUGUCAAAGUUGGUUCUCUUUCUUUUAAUUGGAGUGUGCGUCAUUGCAGUUCACAUGGCGCCUACCGACGACGAUGAUGCAGCCUCAGAGAUCUUCCUGGACUCACUGGAACAAGAAUUGAAACAAAAACUUUCUGAGAUCGAACCCAGAAUCCAGAUUGACUGGAAGAAAUUGUUGGAGAAAGUAAAGUCUAACGGGAUGAUAUAUCCUAGACCUGGCCCUUACCACGGAAUGAGAAGCAUUGCUUCACCCGCAGAUUCAGACGUCGAACCUAGGAUUAACUGGAAGAAACUUUGGUAUAAAUCCAGGCCUAUCGGUGGAUUGCUUAAUCCUCCUAUGCCUAUCGUCAUAGGGAACAACCCAGUUGCACCACCCCCACGUCCCGUGCAGUAGUGAUUUUGUUAAAGAAGACUAGAUUAUGAUGAAAAUUUAUGAUGUAAAAACAAAAAUCGAUGUUAAAUAAACAAUAAAUUUU